UUUUAAAGUGUCAGUGGAGAGUGCGGUGAAUGUGCCGUUUCGAAACCACAGGGCAGCAGAGGUUUCCCCUCUCGCCCUAACACCGACGCUCCCGCGGGCCCGGCGGCCGCCCCGGACGGUCCGCGCACAACAUGGCGGCCCCCGGAGCCCGGAGCUGCACCCUGUCGGGCCUGCUCCCCGUGCAGACCUCGCUGGAGUACGCCCUGCUCGACGCCGUCAGCCAGGAGGAGAAGGACAGCCUGGUCUACCAGUAUCUGCGGAAGGUGGACGGCUGGGAGCAGGACCUGCUGGUGCCCGAGUUUCCGGAAGGCUUAGAGUGGCUGAACACAGAAGAGCCUAUUUCUGUCUACAAGAAUCUAAAUGGGAAGGUGGUGGUGCUUGACUUCUUCACCUACUGCUGCAUAAACUGCAUUCACCUGCUGCCUGAUCUCCAUGCGUUAGAGCACACGUACUCUGACAAAGAUGGUCUUCUGAUUGUUGGUGUUCACUCAGCAAAGUUUCCAAAUGAAAAAGUCCUGGAUAACAUCAAGAGUGCCAUCCUUCGAUACGACAUCACCCACCCCGUGGUUAACGAUGCAGAGGCUAGCCUCUGGCAAGAACUUGAAGUUUCUUGUUGGCCAACACUGGUCAUACUUGGACCCCGUGGAAACAUGUUAUUUUCUUUAAUUGGAGAGGGGCACAAAGAUAAAUUAUUCCUAUAUGCUUCAAUAGCUUUAAAGUAUUACAAAGACAGGGGGCAGAUCAAAGACAAUAAGAUUGGAGUAAAACUUUACAAAGACUCCUUGCCACCUUCACCAUUGCUGUUUCCUGGCAAAAUAACAGUAGACCAUGUUUCUAAUAGGUUAGUAAUAGCAGACACUGGACAUCACAGAAUUUUGGUUGUCUGGAAGAAUGGACAAAUCCAGUACAGCAUUGGAGGUCCCAACCCUGGAAGAAAAGAUGGACAAUUUUCAGAGUCAGCUUUUAAUUCCCCACAGGGUGUAGCCAUAAUGAAUAAUGUCAUAUAUGUGGCAGAUACUGAAAACCAUCUUAUAAGAAAGAUUGACCUAGAAACUGAGACGGUGAGCACUGUAGCUGGCAUUGGAGUUCAAGGCACAGAUAAAGAAGGUGGAGCCCAAGGAGAACAGCAGCCCAUUAGCUCCCCUUGGGAUGUAGUCUUUGGAACAUCAGGCUCAGAGGGUCCAGGAGGUGACAUUCUGUGGAUAGCCAUGGCAGGAACUCAUCAGAUAUGGGCACUUCUGUUGGAUGAUGGCAAACUACCAAAGAAAAGUGAGUUACAAAAGGGGACCUGCCUUCGGUUCGCUGGAAGUGGAAAUGAAGAGAAUCGAAAUAAUGCAUAUCCUCACAAGGCAGGUUUUGCUCAGCCUUCCGGUCUUUCUCUGGCCUCAGAAGAUCCCUGGAACUGCCUGUUUGUAGCUGACAGUGAGAGCAGCACAGUGAGAACCGUGUCUCUGAAAGAUGGAGCUGUGAAGCACCUGGUGGGAGGAGAAAGAGACCCCAUGAAUUUAUUUGCUUUUGGUGAUGUCGAUGGAGUAGGAAUCAAUGCGAAGCUUCAGCACCCACUUGGAGUAACUUGGGACCAGAAAAGGAAUUUACUUUAUGUGGCAGACUCUUACAAUCACAAGAUUAAAAUUGUGGAUCCAAAGGCAAAAAACUGCACAACACUAGCAGGAACUGGACAUACAAGCAGUGUUACUACUUCCGGUUUUAUGGAGGCAACUUUUAAUGAACCAGGAGGCUUGUGUAUUGGAGAGAACAGUCAGUUACUAUACGUAGCCGACACCAAUAAUCAUCAAAUUAAAGUGAUGGAUUUAGAAACAAAAACAAUAUCUGUGCUCCCGGUCUUCAGAUCUGAGAAUGCUGUGGUAGAUGGCCCCUUACAGGUAGAAAACCAGAAGACGCCACCCAAACUACCUAAAUCGGCUGCGUGCGUUACACUUUCCCCAGUGGCUGCGUCCCCAGGCCAAACUCUUCAACUCAAGCUGAAAUUAAGCCUCCCAUCAGGAACCAAGCUAACUGAAGGAGUGACCAGCUGCUGGUUUCUGACUGCUGAAGGCAAUGAGUGGCUUCUGAAAGGACAGGCCCCUUCUGGAGAAAUAGAGAACAUUUCCAACCAACCCACAAUCUCACUGCAGGUUCCUGGAGAAUGCUUGUCACUGGAGGCCGUUGUGUCAGUGUCUGUGUUUCUCUACUACUGUAGUGCAGACAGCAGCGCCUGUAUGAUGAAGGGAAUUCUGUUCAGUCAGCCUUUACAGAUAACGGAAACACAACAAGGGUGCGUGGCUCCAGUGGAGCUCAGGUAUGAAUUCUAAUGAGCAAGCUAGCAUCGGGCCAGCCAUGGCCGCCUGUUCUCCAGCCAUCACUGUAACUUAUGAAAAGAGACUUUAUUUCUGCUUCUCAGUACCACAAAGCGCAUUGCUCAGUUCAAGGAACUGACAUUAAAAUGAAGUUAUGCUCCUUCCUUAUCUAUUACAAAUUCCUUCAUUCUAGCUGUAUACCAGAUAAGCCGCCAAUCUUCAUCUGAAGCCUACUGUUGUAAUUUCUGCUGCUUUUUGGCAUGCAACUUAAGUCACAUAAUAGUACAGGAUAUUAUUAUGAGAUGAUUUACAGUAAAUACUGAUAUUAAAUAA